GUGCGGCGAGCAGAUCUGCUGCAACACCAGCUGUGGACGCGCUUGCGUCGACCCGCUGUACACUGGUUGUGAGAACGUAAAGAUGUCAUCAGAGAGGAUAUCCCGGGCGCUGGCUGCUGAGAACAGCCGCAGCGGCCGCGGGAUGCUGAAGAGCGUGCGGGCUCCUCGCUGCAGGGUCUCCGACGGAGAGUUCGAGGAGAUCCAGUGCGAUAACGAAAUCGUCAGCAGCUGCUGGUGUGUCGACGCUGCUGGGUUUGAGGUGCCCGGCACCCGAGCGCCCGCAGCAGGCCUAGUCAACUGCACGCGCGUGUCUCCAUGCGCCGCCCACACGUGCCGCAUGCUGUGCCCGCUUGGCUUCGAGCUGGACGCGCGAGGCUGCCCGCUGUGCAAGUGCCGGGACCCCUGUGCGUCCGUCACGUGUCCCGGACAGCUGUCUUGCCAGCUGGAGGAGACGCCCUGUCUGAGGCCGCCGUGUCCACCAGUUCCUACGUGCAAGAGAGGAAGAAGUUUGUCAAACAUUUGUCCAGCAGGGGAGCCUCUUCUCAUAUCUGAAACAAGCCGACCGUUCCUUUGUGGUACGGACCCUGGGAAACCAAACUGCCCACCUUUCUACAGAUGCCUAGUCGAAUCAGGAAACGAUUACGGAGUCUGCUGUCCAGCCUCCCUCGAACUCCAAAAAGCUGGCACUUGUCCAGCUUCCUCAUCCGAAGAGGUAGAAUGCGGAGCGCCUUGCGCACACGACUUAGAAUGCCCGUCUAUGCAGAAGUGCUGCGAUGGAGGAGAAUGUGGAAGACACUGCACUCUACCACAUAAUGUGACCAUGUGUACCCAGCAAAAGAUGCUAGCAGAACUACUGGUCGUCAGCGAGAAAGAAGGAAAAGGAUACGUGCCUCAAUGUGCAGCCGAUGGAAACUUCGUGUCCAGGCAAUGCUCUAGAAACGGACUCGUCUGCUGGUGUGUGGACUCCGACGGCAAUAAGCUCCGCGGGUCCAUGGGCCCUUCAGCCACCGUCCAGUGCUCGCCAACUCCCCGCCCCGCCCGUACUGGAGCCAGAAGUCUCACCACCUGCACCAGGGCCCUAUGCGCAGGCGUCUGCGAGUACGGAUACAAGAGUGGCGCGGACGGAUGCCCCACUUGCGAGUGUGACGACCCCUGCGCGGGAUUCCCCUGCCCUGACGGAGAGGAGUGUGUGAGGGUCCGAGACGCGGAGUGCUCAGGGGAACUGUGCACUGGAUACCCUGUCUGUCGUCCAAAGGUAUCAUACGACAACCCUUGCGAAGUCGGGGUCCCGGCUACGGACGAUGACGGCAGCGUGGUGGGAUGUGGCACCGACAGCGACUGUCCUGGCGAACACUUCUGCACCAAACUGAGACGCAGUGGCAACGCUGUGUGCUGCCCUGAUCCACACUUUGAGAACUCUACGGACAGCUAUUCCAUGGAGCUAAACCUCGACUCAUGUGGCGUAGAAGCGGAAGCCCUCUGCGGCCUCAACUCCACGGCCAGCUGUCCGGAGGGCGCGUGCGACGGCGAGCUCGUCUGCUGCGCCGCCGCCUGCGGGCCCAUCUGCAUCGACCCGGCCAAGAUGCGGCUGCAGAGCGACAGAGUGGACGACACUCCAACGAGCGAGGUGGUCUGCUGCGCCGCCGCCUGCGGGCCCAUCUGCAUCGACCCAGCCAAGAUGCGGCUGCAGAGCGACAGAGUGGACGACACUCCAACGAGCGAGCUCGUCUGCUGCGCCGCCGCCUGCGGGCCCAUCUGCAUCGACCCAGCCAAGAUGCGGCUGCAGAGCGACAGAGUGGACGACACUCCAACGAGCGACGGCGAGCUCGUCUGCUGCGCCGCCGCCUGCGGGCCCAUCUGCAUCGACCCGGCCAAGAUGCGGCUGCAGAGCGACAGAGUGGACGACACUCCAACGAUGUGCGAAUACCUUCGCGAUUUCGACGAGAAGAUGGAAGGGACAGUGGACGGCAUGAAGCUGGCUCUUCCACCACCGACCUGCAACCCCGACGGCUCCUUCUCCACCCAGCAGUGCGCUAAGGGACGCUGCUGGUGCGUGGACUCCUUCGGCACGGAGAUACCGAGGACCAGCGGACACAAUGCUUCUUCUGUGGACUGUGACAAAUUGCGCGAAGAACUCGACUGCCUAGACAUGACGUGCCGCAUGGGCUGCGACUACGGCUUCGAGAUCGGCGCCAACCGCUGCCCGACGUGCCGCUGCCGCGACCCGUGCGCCGGCGUCACCUGCCCUGCUGACCGCGCCUGCGCAGUGGUAGAUGUGGCUUGUGAUGCUGACUACUGCCCUCCUGUUCCUGCUUGUUUACCAAGGAAGCCUGGUCAAUGCCCGUACCUGGUGCCGUCAAAUGGCGCCUGCGAGUGGUCGUGCCGCAAUGAUGCGGAGUGCGGACCAGCAGAACGGUGCUGCGCCACUGGAUGCGGCACUGCCUGCACUAAAGCAGAGCACCAGUCUGCUUGUCAGCAAAGGAGAGCGCUAGCACUCCAUAUGGCAGCUGAGAGCGGCAGUCCCCCAUCCUGGACGUGGGUACCGGAAUGCCAGGAGGAUGGCACUUAUGCCAGCGUACAGUGCCGAGGCGCCGACAAGACCUGCUGGUGCGUGGACGCUGCUGGCAUUGAGAUGCCAGGCACCAGAACGACCAACUCCACACCUAACUGCGACGCACCUUCCGAAUGCCCCGACCCUGGCUGCAAUGAAGACGAGGUCUGCGCCCACGGCAGAGAGUUGGACGCCAAGGGCUGCCCCACUUGCGAGUGUAGAGACCCGUGCGCCGAGGCCAAGUGUAGGGACGACGAGACCUGCGAGCUGGUGCCUUUGGAUUGCGAAGGUGACAUCUGCCCGCCACUAGCCCGUUGCGCGCCGUCGCCCCAGUGUCCUGACGGUGAACCGCUGCAAGCGCCCGAUGGUUCUGGAGCCCUAACCUGUGGACCGUCAGCCGCUGCCUGCCCCUCUACACACGCCUGCAGAUUCGCGCCACACGAUUCUAGGCCUUCGGUGUGCUGUCCUAAGCCACCCGCUGCCUGCCCCUCUACACACGCCUGCAGAUUCGCGCCACACGACUCUAGGCCUUCGGUGUGCUGUCCCAAGCCACGCACAGUCUGCUUCGAGAGCAAAGAGCCCGGCGUAUGCACAGGCGGCGACGGGCUCAACACCACCCGCUGGCACUUCAACCACGAGCGCAACCGCUGCGAGAGGUUCCGCUACCACGGCUGCGCGGGCAACCACAACAACUUCCGAACUAAAGAAGAGUGCAAUGCUGUCUGUCCAGUGCUAAGUCCCUGCGAAAGGCUUCGGGAAAAGAACGAAGCAGCCGCCCAGAAGUACGGGAAGGGCACCUUCAUCCCGGUCUGCGACGAAACCGGCGCGUGGGAGUCGGUGCAGUGCAUGUCGCAUAUUGCAGACGUGUGCUGGUGCGUCAGCGCGCGCGGCGAACCGCUUAAGGGCUCCCUGGUGCGCGGCGCCAAGCCCACCUGCAACUUCAGGCAGGCCAGGAAGUGGGUACAGCGGGACCCGCUGGACGAGAGGGCCAGAGCUGACGAAGUGCUAGAAGAACUCAUAAGGCAAAUGACAGCAUACCGAGUGGACGACUUUCAAGAAGACGACGAUGAGGACCUGGACAGCAUAGACCAGGAAGCAGAGCCGCGAGAGACCAUUCUGAUCCAGAAUCUAGAAGACAAGGCCAUUGGCGACGACGCGUCUGUGCUGGCAGAAGUCGUUGAACCGAAGCUCGCAGACACGACGAGAAAAGCCGAGAAUCCUCUGAAAGUGAAGUCUAAGAACGAAGUGUUCAAGACCAAGUGUCAAAUGAUGCAGGAGGAAAGCGAAAAUGGAGCUGAAGGUCCCCGCCCACGGUGUCUCUCAGACGGCUCGUUCGCGCCACGUCAAUGCUCUCGCGGACGCUGCUGGUGCGUUGACGCGGCCGGCCAGAGAAGACCGCACGCGGGGGUGGUGCCUGACCUACCUGACCGCGAUCCUUGUGAGCCAACACAAAUCGAAUCAGCGCUCUUAGAGCUGGAACUCCUCGGGGUAGAGAACUCGAUAGCCGAGCGUGCGCGUGCGACUCUCUCGUCCCGGCUGACGGCGAUGGGCGCUCGAGUCCCCGUCAGCGUCACCAAGGACAAGAACAUGGUGCGGCUGAGGGCCACCCUCACUGGGCCGAAGGCUGUCGACGUAGUGUACCAGAUUGAGAACUUGGUGAAGCAAGAAAAGUUGUCUGGCAUGGACAAGUCGCAAAGCGGGGUUUUGGGCGCUGACGUCAUCCGCAGCGAGUACCGCCUCGCCGCGCCGCAACCGCACCACCAGCGGGAGAUCCUCACGGAAUCCACUGUCUCAGCAGCGACAUCGUACCACACUGCGCUAAUCGUGCUCGCUGCCACCUCAGCUUUCAUCAUCAGCGUUCUUUGCGUCCUCGUGAUGCUCUACCGCGCCAGGCUUCAACGGGAGCCACACAAGGCCGAACGAUUCCUCCCGCCCGCACCUCCCGUCUACGUCCUCUCAGCCGACGAGAAAGCAGAACUCGCCAGGGUACUCCACGCACCCCCACCACCAGUGCCCCCCACAGACGAAAACUCAAGAGUCUAAUGCGCCACGUUACUUUAAACGUUAGUACAGGUAAUUAGGGUCCAAUUUAACCGCUAGUUUUUGGUAACGUAGAUGCGGAUGGUCCUUCGGGACAAUUGUUCGCGACGAGUCAAGAUGGCUGGCGAUUCUUCGUGUUCGACAGACGUUUACGUGAAUUUAUUGUAGCUUAGAUGAAUUUUAGGUCCUAAAGUAUUGUAGGUAUUAAUGUGAUAUCUCAAGCCAUGUUGACUAGCCGUGGGCGUUAUACCUACGCGUCAAGAACUGAAGAAACUAAUUGGACGCUGCCUUUCUCUUUUUCGGUAAACUUAUCCAGGGUAUAUCUCCUUGGUUGUAGACAAGGAACUUCCCUUAAUCUCAGACUUAAUGCUAGCGAUCUUCCUACUUUAGUAGUUUAAGUAAUAUCGAGGGCUGGGUCACAAUCUUUCUAUUGUAUAGUCAUAGGCUCAAUCAUAUGAGUAGAUACAUUAGUUCGAGCAAUGCAAACUGUUAUCGAGUAUGUGAUUUAUACUACUUACUAAUUAAAACUUUUAAUAAACUUACACAUCACUACACUUCUACACUUUUCUAUCAUAUAAGUAAACCCUGCAUCCUACAUAAAUAUUAUGUAAAUCGAAGAUCGCUCGCGUCAAGCUUUAAGCUGUAACUGUAAUUCUAUAGAUGAGCAAAAAGAACUGAGUCCAAAUGUAAAAAUAAUGUGCUUGUUUAUGCACUGUUUGAAUUAAUGGAAUUUUGGUGGAGGUUAAUAUUAAUAAAGUUCAUUUUGCUCACCACUAGACAAGUGUUUAAGUGCACAUCUCUUCAAUCAGUGCCAAGUCUGUCUUGUUAUUCUAGCCUUGGUGGUGAAAGAACUUGCAGCCUGUUUCACUAUAACUCAAUACCAUUUGGUAGCCAACCAUAAUGAUUAAUGACCCCAAAAAUAAAAUAUUAUGUAGAGUAGACUAGACUAGACUAGGAAAAGACACUAGCGAAUUAUUUUUUAAUCUUUUGUAAAUUGUAGCGGUUACGCCCAAAGAAACAAAAAGGCUUUAGUGUGUAUUAAGUGGUCGUGAAACAGGCAUAUUCUUGUUAAGUUUUAAUCAUGUUAAGUAUCUACUUAUUUAGUUAUGCGUAACUGUGUGCGUCAGAAAGUAACGCGCGCAGUUACGCGCCUUAGUUCCUUUCGUCGAGCCUCGAUCUUAUUUCUUCUUAAAUUGUACAGUUGAAAAC